CUGCUGGCCUUUCCUCCCCUUUCGCGAGGCGACGGCGUGGGCUCCCGUCCGCAGCGUACAACUUAAUCAUUCGCAAUUUCAGAAAGAUGAACAGAAACAGGGCACCCAUCAAUCAUUGAGUGUCUACAGUUCCGCAAUUGCUCGGAAACUCCCUCGGAUCUACAGCGAUGGGCUAAUGCAGAGCCCAUGGCAGUCAGUCCACUACAUACAUCCAUCCGAGAGAUCCCACUCCACUCCAGUAGCUAGGUUUCCACUCUCCAGGCUCCACUCCAUGGCGGCGGCGGCUCUCCUUCCCCUGCAGGCUCGCGGAUCUCGUUGACGCGCCCGGUCACCCUCGCCAAACCGAGGCUGCGCUGCGGCGGCGUUACACGGCGAUUCGGCUGGACAUUGUCAUUCCGGCGGCUGUUUGUAUUCUUGUUCUCGUUCGAGCUAUUGAUGUUUGAGUACUGGCAGCCCAAGCUUCUCCGCAAAGACUGAGCGUGCUGAACCAGUCAGGCCGGGAGCUGAAGGAGGGGACUGUGAAGUCUGUGAUGGCGCCUGUGGUGACCGCCGCACUGGGCGCAUUGGGUCCCCUGCUGGGGAAGCUCGCCGAUUUGCUCGCCAAUGAGUGCGGCCGCCUCAGAAGGGUCCGCCGCGAGAUCCGAUCCCUCCGGACAGAGUUUACCAGCAUGCAUGGUGCGCUAAUGAAGUACACCAAGCUAGAGAAUCCUGAUGACCAGGUGAAGAUAUGGGUAUCGCUGGUCAGGGAGUUGGCCUAUGAUACCGAGGAUCUUUUCGACAAGUUCAUUCGCCACCUCGGCAACGGCGAGAGUCAUGAUAGCGGCUUCAAGGAGUAUUUCCGCAAGACUGCUCGGCGUCUAAAGACGCUUGGAGCUCGGCAUGGGAUCGCCAGCCAAAUCGACGACCUUAAGCUUCGUAUCAAGGAGGUGAAGGAACUCAAGACUAGCUACAAGCUCGAUGAUGUUGCUGGUAGCACCUCUGGCAAUGCAGCCGUGGAUCCCCGGUUGGCCGCUCUUUUCGCCGAGGAGGCACACCUUGUUGGCAUUGAUGGUCCAAGAGACGAGCUUGCAAAGUGGAUGCUGGAAGAAGAAAACAAGCAUCAUCGCAGGGUGUUGUCGAUUGUUGGGUUUGGUGGAUUGGGAAAGACAACACUGGCGAAUGAAGUCUAUCGCAAGAUUCAGGGGCGUUUUGAUUGUCAUGCUUUUGUGUCAGUCUCCCAAAAGCCAGAUAGAAAGAAGAUCAUCAAGGAUGUGAUCUCCCAAGUAUCUGACAGCGAUGCAUUCAAGAAAGAUAUUGAGAUUUGGGACGAAAAGACAUCCAUUUCAAAGCUAAGGGAACUUCUACAAGAAAAAAGGUAUCUUAUUAUCAUUGAUGAUAUAUGGUCUAUAGUGGCUUGGAAUGCUAUCCAUUGUGCAUUUCCAGAGAACAAAUGUUCUAGCAGAAUUUUGGCUACUACACGCAUACUGGAAGUAGCUAGCUCUUGUUGUCCAGGUCCUGAUGACCAGAUCUAUGAAAUGAAACCUCUAAGUGAUCCUCACUCUGAAGGACUAUUUUUCAAAAGAAUCUUUGGCUCAGAGAAUUCCUGCCCUCAAAUGUUUCUUGAAGUUUCGAAAGCUAUCUUGAAAAAGUGUGGAGGCCUACCAUUGGCAAUAAUCAGUAUUUCUGGUUUACUAGCAAGCAGGCCACGUGUCAAGGAAGAGUGGGAGAAGGUAAAAAGAUCAAUUGGUUCUGACUUGAUCAAAAGCCAAAGUCUGGAAGGAAUGAAGAACAUACUGUCCUUGAGCUAUAAUGAUCUUCCACCAAACCUCAAGACCGUCUUGUUGUACUUAAGUAAUUACCCCGAGGACUAUGUGAUUGACAGAGAAAGGUUGGUGAGGCAAUGGAUUGCGGAAGGCUUUAUUUCUGAAGAGCGUGGGAGGAGCUGUCAAGAGGUUGCAGAAAGUUAUUUUUACGAGCUUAUCAAUAAAAGCCUGGUCCAACCAGUGGACAUUUGCUAUGAUGGGAAGGUGCAGGCCUGCCGAGUUCAUGACAUGAUGCUUGAACUUAUCAUUUCAAAAUCCAUUGAAGAAAAUUUCAUCACUGUGGUGAACGGCGGUCAAACUGUUUGGGGAAAUUCGCAGUGUUCUAUUCGACGUUUAUCGAUCCAGGACAUUGACCAGGAGCUUGCAUUUGAAUUGGCAAAGAAAGAUCUAAGCCAUGUCCGGUCUCUUAUAAUAACAUCAUCAGGAUGCAUGAAACACUUGCCCAGUCUUACUAAGUUUGAAACUUUACGUGUACUUGAUUUUGAAUAUUGUCGGGGCCUGGCGGAGUAUGAUAUGAAAGGUAUGGAAACCCUGUUCCAGCUGAAGUACCUAAGCUUUCGCGGAACAGGCAUAUCGGAGCUACCAUCUGGAAUUGUGAUGCUGCGUGAUCUAGAGACGCUAGAUUUAAGGAGUACAAAAAUCAGAGACUUGCCAGAUGGAAUUGUACAGCUCACUAAACUGCAACAUCUAUGCACUGAAAUGUAUGGGUAUCACAGAAAGAUACCAAUCGGGAUUGGGAAUAUGACAAACUUAAGGGAGAUCUCAGGCUUUGAUAUUACCAUGAGUUCAGUAGGUGCAGUAGAGGAGCUAGGGAGCCUGAUCAAUUUGAAGGUACUCCAUGUAUGGUUAACUGUAAAAGGUGCAGAAUCUCACAAGAGUCAUGCAGAGAUGUUCCAUUCCUCACUAUGCAAGCUUGGCAGCUACAAACUCCAGUCCGUGUGGAUAUUUGGUGGUAAUUCAUAUGCAUUCGAGUUAUUAGAUUCCUGGUCUCCUCUUCCAUCUUGCCUCCAAAGAUUUAAGAUGACCACCCCGUACUGUUUAUCAAAACUGCCAAAGUGGAUUACUCCAGCACUCACAAGUCUUGCAUACCUGGAAAUUAAUUUAAGUGUAAUAACAGAGGAGGUUUUUGGCAUCCUUGGAGAGCUGUCUGCAUUACUUUGUCUGAAACUUUAUGCCGACAUGGUCUAUAAAGACAGGCUUGUUUUGCAAGCCAGAGGAUUCCGAUGUUUGAAGGAGUUCGUUUAUGAACCUGUUGGUGAAGGUGCAGGGAUCCUUCUGUUUGAGGAAGGGGCACUGCCAAAGCUCGAGAAGCUUAAGCUGAGUAUCUCUGUACCAAUAGCAAAGGCCUAUGGGUUCUACUUAGGUCUUGAUCACCUCCCGUAUCUGAAAGCUGUGCGAGUUAUUCUUCACAAGCGGGAUGCCACAUCUCCUGAAGUUGAGGCUGCUGCAGCUGCCAUAAGGAAGGAAGCAAAUCUCCAUCCCAACCAUCCCAGGUUAACUCUUCAUUAAGAAAUGAAAAAGUGACACGAGGGAAACUGUUCUCCGUGAAUAUAACUGCAGGUGGCUCCGCUGCAAUGGUUUCCUGAACGGCUGAACCUGCUACUCUCGUUGCCUGAAGCUCAAAUAAAAGUGGCCUACAGUUGCCUUUUGAUUUAUGAUAUUCGUCCUUGCUUUGCGUACUACUGUACUUGAUUCGGGCAGCGGUGCAUCUGGUACUGAAGUCGCAGCUGCCAGUUAAUUUUUUCUCUGUCGGUGUCAGCCUAAUGCUUGCUUGUUGAUGUUGAUGUAAUAAUCCUCGUGAAAAGAGUGUGGCUACAGAUGUGAUUUGGGUGAAUGAAUUCACCUCGAUUCCACUCGCUCCCUCCCUGUACUCCUGAUAGACUGUCUGUCGGCCAGAUUGGAUCUGUAUAUUAGUCUCCUCUAUCUAUUCUUUCA